UCACUCUGUGUUACAUGUUAGACACCGUGGGGUUAAAGUAUUAUUACUCAUUAUUGACCAGUGUGUCAGUAUUUGAAUGCACAUGUAGUUGGGGAUCAUGUCAACGGCAAAAGAAGUAAAAUUAUACCAUUUCCCAGGUUCCUACUACUCCCUCAAGGCUUUAUUGGCGCUGUAUGAAAAGGAUGUAGCGUUUGAAGAACAAGUGAUAAACAUCCAAGCUGGUGAUCAAAAUCAAGACUGGUAUUUAGCCAUCAAUAAAAAUGGAGAGGUUCCUGUUCUGGAGAUUGAUGGCCAAUACACCGCUCAGUCUGAAACUAUCAUUGACGUCAUUGAUGAAACUUUCACUACCGGUUCACGAUUGGUACCGGAUAUUGAAACUGGAUACGGAAGUGACGUUAAAGAUUUCCGGAAAUUUCUCCACGACAUACCAGUUGACGUAGUUACAUACGGAAUAAUAUGUAACCGUCAUCUAAAGCACAAAGAUGGAGUGAUUAAUGUACCGAAAUUUUUCUCACGGAAAAUGGCAGAACAGAAGUUUUCCGGUGAAAUAAGCAAAAUGCGGGACAAGUUAGAAAGAAGUCCGGCACCAGAAUUGAGAGCUGCUCUCGAGAGAAAGAUUGAGAAGGUUUCAAACAGAUUGAAACUUGUUAUGGACGAGAAACUGGUCGUGAAGCAGUUAGAUGACCUUGAAUUUGUUUUUGACAAAAUCGAAGAAAGGCUUCUGAAAACAAAACGAGAAUUUGAUAGUAAACAAGAUAUUUGGCUAUUCGGUACUGAAUUUACAGCGGCCGACAUCACGGCGACGACAUUAUUCGUUCGGAUGCAGCUUAUUGGACUUGACACUCGUUAUUUCACGUGUGAAACGAGACCGGAUGUCUACAAUUACUUCUCCCGUCUUAUGAAAAGACCGUCUGUAAUAAGAAUGAAGGUGAAAAUGGAAGAAACUCAGAAGAUAAUGAAAAAGAUGAUGCUUAGAUCAGUCGGGAUAAAAGUUUUUAAAGUAGCGUUUGUGGUAGGGAUACUCGGAAUUGGUUAUGUUGGGUUAAAAAAAUAUGGCGCAAAUUUGUUUCAAAAAUCAUAAAAUUGUCGGCUCUUAUAUCAAUUCAAAAUUCGUUGUUUUGAAAAUAGUAAAUAAAAAUUGUAAACUAGAAUUAAAAGGAAAUCAUGUUGAUAA